GUAGCCAGAGCAUUCAUUGCCAAAAUUGUAUACCUUCUUGAGUUUGUUUAUGGAUGCAAAACCACAGCAAACCAAAACAAAAGGCUAUGCCCAAUAUUAUCAUAAAUAUUUUGUAAAUCUACUACUAUUUAUGAAAUAAUGAAGUAAAUUAGUCCAAAACAGACCCCACGCUAUCUUAAAAAAGCUCACUAAACUAAAAUAAAAUGGCUCGCAACUUUAACUUUCAUUUUACUGUGGAGGCGCCAUGUUCAAGUGGAAAAAGGACCAAAGCUGUAUUUACUGCUUUCUUUUUUUAACAUAUGUACCUUGUAUCUAGGUAUUGGUAAUUCAGGAUUGUGCUAAUAUGCAGAGUCAAAGAGAACUGAGUACAUUUGCUUUGAGUCCAGCCAUGAGGGGGAAAUUAACAGCUGCUGGCUUCCUGACCGUGGAGGAUCUGCAUCAUAUCAAGCCAUCAGAAUUAAGUAAAGAACUUGGCACAAGUGCUGAAGAUGCCCUUGAGAUUCUGCAGACCGUGUUCCCAGAAAACACCACCACACCCAACAGAAAGAUGGCGGUUCCCAAGUCGGUUACAGCCCUUGAAUUGCUGUACAGUGAACAGAGUCUACCGAGUAUACUGACCUUCUCUGAGGAGAUGGACACCAUGCUUGGUGGAGGGGUACCGCUGGCAAAGAUCACUGAAUUCUGUGGAGCUCCUGGUAUUGGUAAAACACAGAUAUGCAUGCAGCUGUGUGUAGAUGUUCAGAUUCGGGAAUGUUUUGGUGGACUGGGUGGUGAAGCUGUUUACAUCGACACAGAAGGCAGCUUCAUUGUUGAGAGGCUGGCUGACAUAGCAAGAGCAACCACUCAACAUUGUCAGCAUAUUGCUAGCAUGGACAAGAGUGCUGAACUGAAAGAAGAGGCUGAAAGUUUUACACUGGAAAAGAUUUUGUCUGGAAUUUACUGCUUCCGUUGUCAUGACUAUGUUGAAUUGUUAGCCACUAUUCACCUUCUUCCAAAAUUCAUAAAUCAGCAUCCAAAGGUCAAGCUGGUGGUUAUUGACAGCAUUGCUUUCCACUUCAGACAUGACUUUGAAGAUUUGUCACUGCGGACUCGCUUAUUAACAUCAUUGGCUCAGAGUUUUAUUAAGAUGGCCACAGAAUUCAAACUAGCAGUUGUCUUGACAAACCAGAUGACGACAAGAUUCCGAGGCAGUGAAGGUGCGAGCUCAUCUCAUUUGAUUCCUGCACUGGGUGAGAGCUGGGCACACGCCAGCACGAUACGGGUGAUUCUCUACUGGGACGAUAAUCACAGAUACGCUCUGCUGUACAAAUCUCCGUCCAAGAAGGAAGCCGUUGUCAAGUUUCAAAUUACAAUGGGAGGUAUUCGUGAUGUUGUUUCCAACUCUAAUAAAGAGACAAGUGAAGACUGCUCCGACAAUCAACCAGCAAAACGACAGAAAGUAUCUUGAAGUUUGCCGUCAGUCGGUAAUGGAAGCCACCUCAUCCAACACAAGUGGGCAAACAACCACAUUUAUCACACAGUGUAAAAUGAUAAACUUGUUGUACUAGAAGAUGUCAUGUGAAAGCUUGAGGUUAACCAAUCCCAAGCCUAAAAUACUCUCCUCUCAAGGAAAUAUGGUCACGGCAGUCACUAUAAAUUUCAUACUGUCAAAAUGUCCCUUUGGCUCCCCAAGCUGUAGAUUCUUCCAACUGACAAUACUAAGACAGAACCAUCUACAUGUAUACUAACCAUAGACAACUGCUAAUGGUGGAAGCCAUAUCAUUUUAAAUAAAUGGGAAAACUGCUGCAUUUCUGACAGUGUGAAAUAAGGAUAUUUGUAGAUGUUAGGAAUGAACAAAGCAAGACCAUGUAAAAAAUAUUAAAAAAAUAUUUGUGAAUUUAUUAGUUCAUCUCUGAUAUAAAUGUCGAACAGUAUUUUAUUAGUUACUUCAAAGAAUCUUUUUUGGAAUUUGUCAUAUUCCCUUUAGUUUCUACUAUUCUAUUUGACUACUUUUAAUAAAGAGCUUUCAUCUUC